UUAUUUUUAUUUUUAUUUAUUUUUACAUUUUUUUUAAGUUUAAUCACAACUUUAAUACUUCGUUGAAAUAAUUACAGAUUUUUAGUCUGGGAUUAAUCCCGUCCUGGUUUGUAACGUGUGACACUGUCGUAGCACUGAACAGAACAAUGCUGGUGUUUUUUGUUUGUUUUGCCGCGUAAUUCAUUAGAAUUGGUGCGAGAUAGUAAAGUGGUGGUCAUCGUUGCGCACAGCCUUGUGGAUCGACUUUCAAAAUGGAGAGGUCCAUUUAUCCUGACGAUGUGAUGUAGGCUAUAACAGUAUAAACACUGUUGUUGACUGUUGGAAAUCAGUUGGUAACGUACGUAUGGCAAGGUAUCAUAUCGUAAAUAUCCCCGGCACAGAACAGACUUGAAUGUGUCUUUAGUCAACAUUACGAUGCGAUCAUUCCGUUUAUAUUCAGAUUCGUUUAGCUGUGCUGUCUCGGACCUCAGUGAGGCUGUAUUACUUACACAGAUAUAACUACGUCUUCGUUUAGUUAGUCCCUGGCGCCUUCAACACUUUGGAUGAUUUUAUCGCAUAGAUGUCACCCGUCACCCUAAAACAGACUCGCAGGAUCAACCAAACCCUCCCUGUAACCCCACCCAGUUUCAGGUCUGGCGUUUAUUGGUCGUCCGGCUUGCUCUAGGUCUUUUCGCUUUUUAUCGGGUGUUUGCUAUUGGCCCGUGGUGACGACAAUCCCACACCCAACUCCCACCUCCUGAGGCAUCAAGUUUGGCAGACUCGCAGCUCUAGUUUGUAAAGGGGCUAUAGCUGAAUGUGCAGCAAGACUCCAAGUCUAACUGCGCCCUUUGAGUAAAUCCGUCAUUUGAAAAACCCCCAAGAUGGAUAUGAAGAAGAGAAUUCACCUGGAGUUGCGUAACCGAACGCCGUCAGACGUGAAAGAACUUGUACUCGACAACUGUCGGUCAAAUGAUGGCAAAAUUGAGGGCCUCACAGAAGAUUUUAAGGAACUGGAAUUUUUAAGCACAAUCAAUGUAGGCCUAACAUCAGUCGCCAACUUGCCCAAGCUCAACAAACUCAAAAAGCUGGAGCUCAGCGAUAACAGAAUCUCAGGUGGUUUGGAAGUCCUGGCAGAGAAAUGUCCUAACCUCACUCAUCUAAACCUCAGCGGUAACAAAAUCAAAGACCUCAGCACCAUUGAACCCCUGAAAAAAUUGGAAAGCCUAAAAAGUUUAGAUUUGUUCAACUGUGAGGUGACAAACCUGAAUGACUACAGAGAAAACGUCUUUAAGUUGCUGCCUCAGUUGACGUAUCUUGAUGGCUAUGACAAAGAGGAUAAAGAGGCACCUGACUCUGAUGCAGAAGCCUACGUCGGGCUGGAUGAUGAUGAUGAUGAAGAUGAUGAAGUAGAAGAGGAGGAGGGUGAUGAAGAUGCAGCUCCAGAAGAUGAAGAUGAAGAAGGUGAAGAUGAGGAUGAGGAGGAAGGAGAAGAGGAAGAGGAAGAAGACAUCAGUGGAGAGGAGGAGGAGGAAGAAGACUUAAAUGAUGGGGAAGUUGAGGAGGAGGAGGACUAUGAGGAGGAGCGGGGUCAGAAGAGGAAAAGGGAGUGGGAUGAAGGAGAGGAAGAUGAUGACUGAAUAUGCACUCUUGGGUCACCUUUGUGAUCUGACUGUUUUAACCCUCCAUUUCUAUGUCCUAAAGUCCUUCUGCAGUGGUAUGGGGGGAAUGUGAAUGGCAGGGGUGGGUUAGUACACAGAAAAGGACACAGUUUAAAAUUUAGGGUUGUUGUUUUUUUUUGUUUGUUUGUUUGUUUUCAGGUUUGUUUUGUUUUUAAUGGAAUUAACCCCUUCACUUUAUCCAAAACCUCUACAGAUGGCUGGCAACACAGUAGUGGAAAUUUCCUAUUGUCAAAAAAAUGAUUUUGCUCUUUGUAAUUUUUAGUUUCUAUUUACUGUUGAUGCCUAAAUGCUUACACAGAUUGCUGGGUAUGACUUAUGUAUUUAAAAGACAAAAAAAUACCAAAAACCUUUUAAAAUGGCAUGUCUGGCUCUAUUUUAAAGUUGACUACUGGAUUUAAAGAGCGAGCGUUUUCUUACCCACUUUUUUAUCACGUCUUUUAUUUGUGUACAUUGCGUCUCUUUUUAUUAUUGUCGUCCUCAUCAUGUGACGUGCCGUUUAGACAGGGGGAGAUGUCGGAACAUCUGGUUGAACAUGCACAGUGCAACCUCACAAUGUGACUUUUAUUUUUUAAUGUUUAGGCUGAAUGUCUGCCCUUGUCAAAUGAUUCCAAAACCUUCUCCUUCUUGCGUGGAUAGUUCAGAGGUUUCGUGUUCUUUGUAAAUAAUGACCAAAUAUAUUUUUUUCUAUUCCCUUUGAUAAUGGCAGACAUUUUCACAAUUAAUCUCAGUUGUAACCUUUAACUGUAAUAAAAUAAAUGAAAACAAGCAGCUGCAACAUAAUUUUGGUAAUCAGUGAUCAAACAGAAUGUAUUGAUCUCAUGUUCACAGUGAGACGACCUCUAAGCAUGUGAUUUUUAUCCAUACAGGUAAUUAGUUACCCCAUUUAUUUGAUGUAUGAAUAUAAGUGUAUAUGGUUUCACCACUGAGUUUUAGAGUUUUCAUCGAAAUCAGUCUCUCAUUGAAAUUGUAAUUGUAAGCUCAGGGAAAGGAAAUUAGCUUGUAUUUUUUUGUGAUAUUUUUUUUUUUUUUUAAUUUUCUUUUUCCUUUUGUCUGGAUAUUUUUGUAAAUAUUCAGAGACUAUCAAAAUUAUUUAAACUGAAGGCAUUCUGAGCUGUAUUUGGUGGUUCUAAAUUAUACAUUUUUGUUUUUACUAUUAAAAUGAAAACAUUUAGAUGUGACUGAGAGAGAAUUCAGCAUUCUUGUUGAAACUGGCCUAUUUUUAGGUGCCUUUGAGACAGUAUGCGUGAAGGAUUCCCAACUUGUCUGAACGCGGGACUGUUGCAUGUUUUUCUCCUGGGUGGAGUCCUUUCAAUGUCCACGUGUCCUCCAAGAUGAGGUUGCACGCAACCAUCCUGAUAUUACGUGGUGUGUGACCCUUUGUCAUCUCCCCCACCCCCCAUUAAAUUGUGUCAAAUGUGA